AUGCUGGUUCAGGAUCCUAGGAAAAAGCACAACCGGGAUUCUAUUUUUGAUGGAGCUAACAACUUGGCGGUGGAGAGGCCGUCUGAUUUGUUGGAUUCUUCCUCGAGCUCGUGAAGCUUCACUGGUACGGGGAGGUUACUCUCCGGUGAAACGUUUGCGCCUGUUCCCCCUCUGCCGCCUGCGACUAUCAACCAUACUAUCACUCUAUGGAGGAAUCGCUUUACCGUUGGCGAUGGUCCUCUACGGAGGAAGAGAGGCUCGGUGCUGGCCAGCUCGAUGAGGAGCUCAAGGGCCUCGUUGCCGUUGUGAGGGCUUCGGUACAGGUGCGCAUCAUGGCGGGAAGGAGGUCCUGGAAGCGGUCGCGAUCGGAAGGGGAGGUGAGGCAUUGGAUGAAGCUGAUGAUGGCGUUGAGGGUGGCGAUUUUGAG